AGCCUCUUCCUCUCUCGCUCCUUGCAUCCUUGGUUGCUCGUGGUUUAGGGUUGGACCGGCGGCCUCGACGAUGUCGGCGCCGUGGUGGGACUCCGACUGGAAGGACCGCUCCGGCCCGGAGUAUCGCUGCUUCGUGGGCAACCUUCCGUACGGCAUCAGCGAGAGCUCCCUCAAGGACGCCUUCUCCAGCUACGCCCCCCUCUACUCCGAGAUGGCGGUGGAUCCUGAGACGGGGAGGUCCCGCGGCUUCGGGUGGGUGCAGUUCGAGGACCAGAAGUCGAUGGACAACGCCAUCCAGGGCAUGAACGGCCAGCAUGUCGGCGGCCGCUGCGUCACCGUCAGCCAGGCCAACCACCGCCCGCGCCGCUGGAGGGCGUGAACGGCCGGCCGGCAUGCCGGUGGCCAUGGCCUGCUGCGCGCGUACAACAGACUAGUUGGUUAUCUCCCCCAAUCGUUAGGCCUUUAUCUAAUUAUCGUACUAAUUAAUCCGUGCUUGCUAUGUCAUGAUGUUCUAGACCUUGUGUUGGUCGUCGUUGGUUUGUUAUGGAUUAUGUGUUCGAUCGGCAAGUUAUCUUCAUUUGGGUUUGGUGAUGUGAGAUGGAACCAGCUUGUUAAAAUGCAUGAUGCUUGUGGGUGUUGAUCGACCUA